AUGUGGCCUGUAGUGUGGACGGCGUUGCGGACCUAUGCUCCUUACGUCACCUUUCCUGUUGCCUUUGUGGUUGGAGCAGUGGGCUACCACCUGGAGUGGUUCAUCAGAGGGACCCCCAAACCUCGAGAGGAGGAGAAGGGCAUCCUGGAGCUGAGGGAGGAGAGGAAGCUACAGGAACAAGUGGGUAUGGACAGCACGCAGGUGCUUAGCCUGAAAGAAAGACUGGAGUUUACGCCCAGAGCAGCUCUGAACAGGAACAGACCUGAAAAGAGCUAACUGUUGGUGGUGGUGGUGGUAGAGACUCGUGUUUGCCCUCUCACAGCAGAAGGAUAGCGCACUGGGAGCAAAGGGGGUGAACCAGAGGGCAAAAAACACCUAUUCUUCCAACUCAACUCAGCCAUAAAUCCUCACUUCUGGCCACCCAAGAGCAUCAGCUUACCUGUGUUAAUGUCAGACACUGUAUAGAAUCAGGAGGGUAAUUCAGAAAACACAUACUUGUUUUUUUUUUUUUUAUCAAGUCUGACCUUCCCCUUGAUGUUGCACAUGCUUGCAUUGAUUCCCUAACUAAAGCAAGUCACUGUACUUAAAACACCUUAAAUAUGGAACCUUUGGGUGUUUCGGCUUUGAACUGACUACAAGGUUCGAUGCGAUUGUUGUCUGUUUGUCCUCGGGCUCAAGGAAAAGAGGACUAUUGCCGUUUUAUUUAAAUCUAGUAGUGGCACUGACACAGAUUUUAUUGUGACUUAAUUAUACCAUUUCUUUGUUUCCUGCAUAAAAAUAACUUUCAUGUCUCAAGCCUGUCACACACAAGUGUUUCUCCUUCAGUCUUUUCUUUAUGUUAAGAAGGAAUGUCUGAUUGUGAACAUAAAAGCAGAGGAAGAAAGACAGGUCUUUGUUGUAGUUCUUUUUAUCUCGUGACUUUUGAUGGUAUGUGGCAAAAUAAGCCAGCAGCGUGGGAGGUCUCUCAGGAAGUUUAAGCUGCUUAGUCCUUUUGUUUGGAAUAUCUAUACAAUACUUUCAUUUUAGAAUGUCCGGAUUACUUGCACACUUAAAGUUUUAAUUGUGUGUGUCACUGAAAAUGUGAUCAAUAAAAGAAAUUUGUGUUUGUAUGCUCAAAGUGUGUGCCCAAUUGACCAUUCAGUUAAUGUCAAUAAUUGUCUGAGGGAAAUUUUCUCUAGAAACGUAGUAAUAAAACUUGAAGUUUCAUUUUCUGUCA